AUGCCGAGCUUUCGCGCCAGCAACAUCCUGGGUGACCCGUUCGCCCUGACGACGUUGUCCAUCUCCAUCUUGGGGUGGCUCAUCGCUUUCAUCUCAUCUGUCGUGUCGGAAACCCAACCUAACAACGGCUACCCUAACUAUGAUUGGUGGGCGAACUCAUACAUGUUCUGUGUGAUUCUCGGUCUGAUUGUCACCUUUGGCACAGACACGUGCAAUGUUUACGGCGUCGCGAUUGUUGGCUACCUUGCGUGUGGCUUGGUCUUGACUUCGACCAGCGCAAACAAUUUGAUUUACAGCCACUUGGGAGCCGAGCAAGCUGCUGGUGCAGGCUUCAUCCUGCUUUCCAUGGUGAUUGUUAUCUGGAUCUUCUACUUCGGCUCCUCGCCCCAGGCUACCCACCGCGGGUUCAUCGACUCAUUCGCCCUGAACAAGGAACAACCCGAUCCCUCUUCUUACCGCGGCAGCCGCCCCAUGUCUAGCGCAUUCGGUGCUCGCCCAGAAACCAUGGCCACCAGCAACACCCCACAGAUGUACACCUCCGCUCAACUGAGCGGCUUCGAGACCUCCUCUCCCGUCUCCGGAUUCCCCGGUGGAGCCCCCGGCGCUGAGCGCACCUCCUCCGCCCGCUUCGGAGGCACCAGCCCCGCGCCUGGCACCGCAAACCAAGAGCCCAGCGAGGUUCCCCAACCCACCGAAUACCCCUACCGCGCAAAGGCGAUCUACUCGUACGACGCGAACCCCGAAGACGCGAACGAGAUCAGCUUCGCCAAGCACGAGAUCCUCGAAGUAUCCGAUGUCAGCGGCCGAUGGUGGCAGGCACGGAAAUCAAAUGGAGAUACCGGCAUAGCGCCCUCCAACUACCUCAUCCUCUUGUGA